AUGGAUCCAACGGACCUACUACCGCUGCUUGAGCAGCUGGAUGAUAAUGUCGAUGACUUGGAGGCUGUUCUCCAGCCUCUUUUGACCAGCACACUUCUCAAAAACUCAAACAAAUUGCCUGUUAUGGACAAAGCAAAACUUCACGUGUUGAUCACCUACACACUAGAAUCGUUAAUCUUCUCUUAUCUGCGGCUUCAUGGCGUGGAUGCGAAGCAACACCCAGUGUUCCGGGAACUGACUCGUGUGAAGCAGUACUUUGAAAAGAUCAAGGCACUGGAGACCGAGCCUGAGGAACGCCCCAUGACCCUUGAUAAGGGAGCUGCGAGCAGAUUCAUCAAACACGGCCUUGCUGGCAAUGAUAAGUAUGACUUAGAACGGGCAGAAAAGCAGGCUAAAGAGCGAGCCCGUGCCCAGCUCAAAGCAGCCAUGUUUGCCCUCAAGAGCAUUGAGGCGACGAACGGGCAACCCGAUUCUGACGAUGACGAUUCUGAAGGGGGCGUCGACCUUGCAACAGCAGCAGAGCCCCGGGUUGACACAAACCACACCGAAAAGACCGAGAAGGAUAGCCAAAAGAAAUCCAAAGGAGAACACAAAUUGGAAGACAGCAAGGCAAAGAAGGAGAGGAAAAUCAACACGGCAGCAAUGAAAGAAAAGAAGAAGGAGCGACGGCUGAAGAAGGAGGAGGCUCGGAAGGCCCGAAAAGCGCAAUGA